GUCACUGCUGUUCCAGCGCCUCAGAUGACCAGAUGGGCCCGGGUGGAAGAGCUCCUUCCAGGGCCGGGAGGAGCCCCCUGGGGGUGAUUUUUGCCAGCAUCUGAGGUCCCGGGUCAUCUGCCUCUGUCCAGGGGCACCUGGAUUGGAGAGCCUGGAGAGGAGAGUCCGUGCCCUUGGAGGAAGUGGGGGUGGAGACAUCUUGGAGCCCGGGUGGCACUGACAUCUGAGCGGGGCCCAAGAAGAGCCAGCCAGCCCAGUGACCCCCACAGGAGGCAAACUCCGCCUUGGCCCUCCCUCGGUCCCGCUGCCGAUCUCAGCUGGAGCAAAGCGAUGGCGCCGCCCUCGAGAGCUCUCUCCCUUGUCCUGCUCGCUCUGUGCUGGGCUGCCGCGGUCCAGGGAGAUCAAGAAAGCUUCCUGUUGAAGAACCUGCACUGCCACAAUGACUUUACCACCCAGAUUGUCUGUCAUUGGGCAGAAAAGACGGACAGUCACCGCUACAUCCCCAUGAACCUCUACCACAGCUCCAUGGGCCAUCCGCCCCAUCAGAUCCCCUGUGAGCCGGAUCCUGGCCCGAUCAUCCCAGACUGUGCCAAUUCCUCUUGCCUGCCCUGGAAGUGCGUCCUGAACUUCUCCAGCUUCACCAGCAGCUCCGUCGACAUCUACUCUUUCCAGACAACCCGGGAGCUGAAGGCGGAGCUGAACGUCGAUCUCUUCCGAAGCGUCCAGCCUCCAGCCCCCAAGCAGCUCAAGGUCAAGUCCAUUGGGGAGAAGGGUUUUCUGCUCUCUUGGAAUGUCAGCACUGAGAUGCCACUGCAGGAUCUGGAGUUCGAAGUUCUCUACAAGAGGCAGAGGGAUUCUUGGGAGGAUGCUUCAUCCAGGUACAUCUUAAACAGAACCCAGAUGAUCUUAAACGACACCCUCAUCCCCGGGAGCACCUACGUGGCCAGAAUUCGGACACGGCUCGCCCCAAGCAGUGCCCUCUCUGGCCGCCCCAGUGCAUGGAGUCCUGAGGAAACCUGGCAGUCACAAGCAGGCGACGAAGCUCAACCCAGGAACCUUCAGUGCCACUUUGACGGGACCAGCUUCCUCAGCUGCAGUUGGGAAGUGAACGCCGCGGUUUACGACUCCAUCCCUUUCGGCCUCUUCUACAAGCCGGGCCCGGGGGCCGAGGAGAAGGAAUGCAUCCCGGAGUCGCAGCCGCCGCAGAAAAAGGCCAGUAGCAGUGUGGUCCUGCAGCACUGCCAGGUGUUCGUCACCGACCCCCACAGGCACAGCAACUACGUCGUGACCGUCCGGCCCCAGGAGGAGAAGAAAGAGAUCCUCAGUUAUAUCAACAUUCAACUGCCUGCGCCGUUCAACGUCAUGAUGACCAAAAAAAGCAAUGAAUACCUGCUGGAAUGGGAGAGUCUGAAGAUAUCCUAUAACAUCAGACAGGUCUUUCAAGUGGAGCUCAGGAGGAACAACGAGUCAUGGAAGGCAGCCAAUGAAGAGCUGAUCAGUGGCCUCUUUCAGUUUUCUAUCCCGCUGUAUAAGCUGAAGCCUUCGUCCACCUACAGCGCGAGGGUGAGGGCCAAGGUCCACUCCGAGCUUGGCUACAGAGGGACCUGGAGUUCGUGGAGCUCCGAAGUCCAAUGGAAAACUGAAAGUGAGCUGCCUCCCUGGUUCCUCUACCUGAUGCUGGUGAUCUUCAUCCUCAUGCUCUUCUUCGGAGUCUGGUGCUGCCACACUUAUGGGACCAGGUUGAAGAAGAAGUGGGAAGAAAAGAUCCCGAACCCCAGUAAGAGCCAUCUGUUCCAGACCUAUAAGGCGAGCGGAGGCUGGGGGGCACUGAUGGCCAAUAACCUGUCUGCCUUCAGCAAGGAGAGUCCUUUGGGGAAGGGGGAGCCGAAUGGCUGCAUCUCAGAACUGGAAGGGGGGACUCCCGGGGGCUCAGAGGAGAAGAGCGAGGUGUCGUCCCUCACUGCAGUGGUCCCCGAAGAUCUGAACCAACCGUUCCCUAGCCAAGAACCCAGCGAGACCACUGCCCUCCCUCUCUGCCAGGCCGCCCCACAGGCUGGCUUGGAGCCCACCGGUCCCUCCGCGGCACCCUCAGUCGGCUUUGACUUCAACGGACCCUACCUCCACGAGCCCCACAAGGGCUCCCUGCCCACCGUUCUCCAAGGGCCGGAGCCCCGCCCGGGCCAGCUCAGCACCAAGCUGGAUCUGGGGUCCCUGGACUACUUAUGUCUGCCCCAGGAUGGCCAGUCCCAUCCUGGCACUGGAGCCAUGGCGGAAGAGGCCGGCUUCCCGGAGGAACGGGCCGCUAGCCCGAGCCCAGUGGCCACGCUGCACCGUCAGCAGGCUCCGCUCCCGGCUCAGGCUAGGCCCCCACGGCCUCUAUCUGCCAGGCCGGGCGAGCCCCCCGGCAGCGAGGAGAUCCGGGUGACGCCACCAGCUGUCCCCAGAGGGUCCCGCUCCUGGGCAGAGGGGAACAAGUACGUCACGGCCAAGGAUCUGAUUCUGGCACCGGCGGCCAAGCUCGGGGGUCUGCAACCCGCCGCUCUUGUGGUCCCUCUGCCCGGCUCGCUCGGCAGCCCAGGCCAGAGCCCGCUGUCUGAGUCCGCGGUCCCCCCGGUCUCCCAGCCGUCGGCCCCGGAGGACUACGUGGAGCACCCUCCGGGUCUGAGCCAGGGCCCCCUCGUGUCGGUCGAUCGCCCCCCGGGGAGGAGUCCGGGAGACCCCCAGCACAACGUCAUGUUUAACCCCGACGGCCUGGGGCUCGUCCUCCUCCAGCAGGUGGGAGACUACUGCUUCUUCCCAGGGCCUGGCUCCACCCAGGAGCCCCUCCUGGACAAGGCCGGGGGUCGGCAGCCGCCGGACACCAACCUGGAGCCGGAGGGCGGGGGGGACAAGCGGCCUCCGGCCCAGACCCCGACCCAGCCGCCCGCCAUCCAGCUGUUUAAGGCCUUCAAGCAGGACGAUUACCUGAUGCUGCCACCCUGGGCCAUAAACAGGGUCAGCGAAGCCUGCUAGGGUUUCAUCUCUAAAAUGCCUGGAUCCCCCACCUUCCUCCCAUCUCACCAAGGAAGCCCCCUCCUCCUCUCCCUUUCCCUCUCCUGCCCUCCAAACAAUCUCUAUGGGCAGCAGCCUCCCAGCAUCCCGGGGCCUGGUUUGGCACCGUGGACAGAAACAGACACGAGACGAGAAGAGAGCGGUUUGGGGCCGGGUCUGCAGAUCACCCACUGGCGAAGACGUCCCCCGGGGAGUGAAGUGCCCAGGGCGGUCGGAGCUGGGAGAAAUGGCCCAGCACCUGGAUCUGACAUGCUCUACAACCUGGAGGAGACACCUGCUUCAACACCUACACGGACGCUUCCUCGUCAUCCGGACCGCCCCAGAGACCGCCCGGGGUCUCGGGGGGGCCACCCUCAUCGCCAUCUUCGAGAGGAAGGGUUAAAGAUCAGGCGGCAAAACUCGUCGGGACAUCACAUUCCACUCUGUGGCUGGCAAAGCCCGAGGAAGGGUCCUCCUGGACCGACUCUCUAAGGAUAUCGCCGACCCAGAGCUACCGGAAACGCGACACGGCUUCCGAUCCUAGCGCGGUCAAACGGACAUGAUCUUCGCAGCACGCCAGCUAUGCAAAAAUUGCAGGGAACAGCCCCGGGAUCUUUGUGUGUUUUAUACAGACCUCACAAAAGCACUCGACACCGUCGGAAAACCUGGACUCUGGAAAAUGCUUAGGAAGUUUGGAUGUCCUGAAAAGUUCACUAAGAUUCUGAGACUACUUGGGGACGGUGUGGCUGGUUGGUUCAGAACUGGGGGUGCCCUGUCUCAUCCACUACCCAUCGCCAGCGGGGUAGAGAAGGCCUGGGUUAUGGGCCUGGUCCUGUUCAAUUUGUUUUGUUCAGCCAUGCUGGAGGGUGCAAGGAGAAACUGGGAUACAGGUGUUAGGAUAGACUUGGAUUCUUCUGUGUGGCCUUGAGCAAGUCACUUUACUUCUCCAUGCCUCAGUUCCCUCAUCUGUAAAAUGGGGAUGAAG